AACUCAAGCGGUGCUCUCAUCGGAGCAGCUUCAAGAGAUAGCAAAAGCGUUGGAGAAGUCGGACGUCAACUUUCUGUGGGUGAUAAGGAAGAAAGAGAGCUAUACUUGGUGGGACUCGGAGUUCGAGGAGAGGCUGAGAGGGAGAGGGAUGGUGGUCAGCGAGUGGGUUGACCAGACGGAGAUACUCAACCACGAGAGCGUGGAGUGUUUUUUAAGUCAUUGCGGGUGGAACUCGGCGAUGGAGGCCAUUUGCGCCGGAAUGCCGUUUCUGGCGUGGCCGAUGAUGGCGGAGCAGCCGCUGAAUGCGAGGAUGGUGGUGGAGGAGAUAGAGGUUGGUUUGAGAGUGGAGACGUGCGACGGGUCGGUUAGUGGAUUUGUGAAGGCGGAAGGACUUGAGAAGAUGGUGAAGAAGUUGAUGGAGGGGGAGGUGGUGAGGAAGAAGGGGAAGGAGGUUGGUGAGGUGGAGGAGGGCGGGUCGUCGUGGCGGACGUUGGGGUAG